CAAGAUCUUAUGCUGCCUUUGUAUUAUUCAUUUGUAAUACUAACACCGACACCGUGUGUUUAGCACAAUCUAUUUUAACUGUGUCACAAUUAAGCACAAUAAAAGGUAAAUGAAUACACUUAGAGACGAAUCACAUUGUCAGUCCCUGGCGGAUGUGAAUCAAUGUAAGACCAGGGCGCAAGCAAAAGAUUAUAGAUAUCAAUCUGGCACCAUUCCAGCCACCUCCACAUUCGAAAUUUUAGAGCCAACGUGUCACGAAAGGGUAGAACAGCUCGAGCGAACAUUGAAUCUACUGCAGAAGGAUCUACUGUGGGCGUACUUUGAACCCGUGGAGCGAAUCAAAGUUGUGGACAGCCGCGCGGUUAGUUCACGGGAUGUGGUAAAGACUCUUUGGAAGCAAGCCUUCAUCGAUACAUAGGACAUUCUGUUUGAUUUUAUAAUAGUUAGCCACCAUUAGAUCACGGGUCAGAUCCUAGUCAUUUCAUUUUUCUGCGCGUGAUGUUGAUAGCAUUCUUUUCCAUUUUACUGAAAAAUCUUAUAUCAUAGUAUGGGGUUUCAUAACGAAAAUAAGUGCAUUUUCACCAUAUUUUAUCAAUGAAAUCUUCAUAAGUACAAAUAAAUUUAUUUUCACACUUCAGUAUGCAAUCAAUGAGGCCUGAGGAAAACAUACAAACUGCCCCCCCCCUCCCCGCCUUCUUCAAUUCACCAUAAUCUAAUUGAUUUGCAAAUUUGGUUGUAAACAGAAGUUUUUGUAUAAUAAAUUAGAACCUAGAUAGGCCUAUAUUUCUUAGAGAGGGAAAUAUAGUCAUCAGGGAAAAGUCGAAGGGAUAUAAAUCUAAAGGUUCUGAGAACCUUUGGAGGGUGAUAUGCAUUAUAUCAUUUCUAAGAGAAUUUGAUUCAAUGGGGCGGUAUAUAUUUCAAAAGCUAAAGGUCUUUGAGUGAUGUUUUAGACAAAAAAUUAACUGUCAGCGGGUCUGGCUGUAGAAACUUGGAUUGUCCAUUCGGUUAUACGGGUUUCAUUUCUCAGAUUUGAAGGGAACUUAUACUAUACUGAUAGCUAUCAUAUAGUAAGCACUGCUUACCAUUUCUACUUCAUUUUUUCAAAUCUAGAAUGAAUGCUGUCACCGACACAAUGGUGUCCUUUUCUUGGGCUUAAUCAGUCCUUAAAACUUCCUUCAUGUGUACCUAGAUUUGUGCGCCGACCAUCUUACUUAUUUCCACUAAAUAGCGCAAGCAAACAUGAGGUACGAGGACUCAGAAAACGUCACAAAUUGAAAACAAAGGACACCAAUAGUGAGACCAGUCCAUGUAACAAUUUACCUCUGUCGUCGUGGAUUUUCCGCGUACGCAUGCUUUCCAAUGCCCUUCGUGAGGAUGAAUUCCAUAGAACACUCCUUUUAUUUCCUCAGGAUGAUAUUUUUGAGUUUUUUCAAAAUGAAGUAACGAGCAACGGGAUGUGUGAAUGGGUUGAUAUCCCUAAUGCUCUCCAUCAGUUGGCGCGUAUCCCGAAGCUUUUACUGUUGUCUCCUUUAAUCGAACAGCACGGCUCACCGAAACUAUCUGAAGCGAUAGCGACAUCUCAGUCAUUUUCUAUGACAAAUACAAACACGGCGAACGUGUGCGAAUGCAGUAACUCACUUGUGAGAAAAAACGAUUUAGAGAUUUCAACAGUGACUAAGACAUCUUCCGGGACCAGUCUUUCUUCGCAUCAUGUUUCAUUAAUGCGUGACCGAUGGAAUAUUUUGGCCUUACAGAAAGAGUUUAUGUUUCAAGUACUGAUGUAUGUACAGAAGAUGAAGUGCGUGUAUCGUCUCAACAAAGCCUUGGAGAGUACCAUCUCGCUUUGCUCUUCAGAGACUACCGUGGAAGCUUGCUCCAUGAGGGAAAUAAGUAUCUACCACCUUCCUUGUAGCAGCAAUGAGCAUGGCGAAACUCACUGGCCAUAUACACGUGAGGAGGCUAGUGUUGUAAUUGAGUUGAUCACAUGGCACAAAGAGAGAGAAAGCAUGAAUUUACUCGCAUUACUUUACGGGCAAGUGCAUUCACAGGAAAUUUCCAGACAAAGACACUUUGUUCGAUGGUUAUCAACAGAGUUUGAAGCUUCCUUGAAUGCGUUGCCACCUGCUGCUUCUUUAGGUAACGUUAAGCACACCUGUCUGUUAUGGCUUGUGAACCGUAUUGUAUACCUUGAUAGUCGUGACAACUUAAAAUCUAAUUCGAGCUGGAUUACACACGAUGAGAGUCCUCAAAAAUGGCUAGACAUGUGUGCAGAUUGUGUUUGUGCCGCGACUUGGGAUGAUCUAUUCACCGCCGAUAUUAUUCGGCUUCGGAGCAAAAACCAAAAUUUGACGCCUCAUGCCUCGAUGAAAGGCGUGGAUACGAUGAAUACACCACAUGCGUCCCCAUUCACUGACUUUGCUUCUCUCUUCAAUUCACUUUCUGACAGCACAUCUGAAUUGUCGAUAACUAUUGAUACUGAAUCUCUUACGAAGUCCCCUAUCGAUAGCGAGGAGGAUCUCUUCUGGAGGGAGGCUGUAAACACCUUCAAGUAUGAUACGAGCGUUCAUGCUGUACUUGAGGUUCUGCGUAGGCGAUUUGUUGCUUCUGACCUUCCCAUAUGUCCUUCUUUGCGUGUAUACUGGCGGUGUGUCCUCUCGGAGAUUUUAAAGAGUGGAUGGGAGGCGAUAGAAGUGUUGACUGACACAAGCUAUCGAUAUAAAAGGAAGAAAAAUCAGAGUUCCCAUCUUCAAAUAUCUCAGUACUCACUAAAGCUAAGAAAGAAUGCUGAGUAUUACUCUGUUGGUGUUUUUCUUUCAUUCCGUCGUAUUCUGAGUGCGUUUAGUAAGCAUCAGUUGUUAAAGCCUCUCAUUGAAUUGCACGAUCUGGUAACUGGGUAUCACUGUCACACGGUCGAUAAGGAAAGCAAAAUCACAUUUGAGGUCACAGAGAGGGAGCAAAGAGAUACCACUUUGCAUACUCCUAACACUAGUAAUGUUUCCAUAAAGAGUAAGAAAUUGAGACAUUUAAAAGACCAUGCUGCUGCAGUUAGACAGGAUAUUCUUUCUGGGAAGAUAACCUCACCGUUGCUGUGGCGUGAAUUAGUGUUGUUUGAUGCAUUCACUUUAAUCAAUCUUGGUCAUACUAGCGAAAAGGCGAGCGAUAUGUGGGACGCUGUGCGAGAAUUUGAGGAUAUCAAUGUUGUCACAACAGCGAGUCUAAGUGUUGUGAAUAAGGGUGAUCGUAUCGGGGAGAAGGGGGUAAAGCCAAAACCUUUAAAAUCGAGGGUACAUAAACUACAGCAGCGCAUUGUGUAUCUUCAGGAGGAAUGCCUUAAACAUCUCGUUGUGCUUGAAGCCACAUCGAACAAUGCAAAUGCAUCUCUUUUAUCUUCUAAAAGAUGCCAGUGCAUUACUUCUGUAAAUGGAAUGGACUUUAUAUUAUCUAAGAUAACACCCAAAGCUCGGGCUGGAAUGAUAAGCCGCUUGAAGGAAGGUCUAAGGCUCAGUACAAAGGUGUUGUUAGGUCUUGGCGACACCGCAUCUAUCUGUGCUCUUUACAAGAACUAUGGUUCUUUGAUUGGUGGAUGCUGGGAAGCAGGUAAGGCAUUGGUGCAGGAAGGAGCCUACGACACUGCUUUGGAUGCCUUCCAGCAGCUUUUGCGUGAUACUCAUGGCCAGUACCCAUCUGGGGUGCCGCGGUUUAUUCAGGAUAUGAUUCUGGAGGCGAUUACCGGCGUCAGUCGUGGGAUUGUUUCCGUACCAGAUAAUGAACAGCAAAGGGAAAUGGAUAUGGUCAAUAUGUUAAUGCAGCGCUAUGAGCAGCUUCUUAGUUUAUCAGAAGGGCAACUCCUUCCAGGACCCGUGUGCCUUCACGCACUUCUCAAGGGUAUUUUAAAGGGCACGUCUUCAGCUGUUACUGCAACACCUCUUCGGUGUGCCCAUAUAGGGAUCUGUUUUAUUAAGGAAUACCUAACCCGAUAUGGUGCACGAGUUGGUUUAUUGUCCCGAAGCAUCGAUACAUUGAUUGAGAGUGUUUUAGAAGUUCGGCAAGCAACAGCAUCUGAUAUAGCGCUAUUCGAGACGGUGGAACAAGAUUUUUUGCGAGCACUUGUUGAAAUUCUCCGCGUUUUUCCGCAUCUUCCCAUUACUUGUAUUAGCCUGACUUGGUUCCUGCGAGAAGGCUACAGAAAAGGUGUCCUUGUAGUUUUGUGUAGUUUGAUCACUCCAAAGGCUUUAGAUCCGGUAGAUGAGUCAGACUUGUUGCUGUCACAUGAACGUGAUAUUUUACCUAUGUCGUCCUCGUCCGCUCAAAGUUAUCUGUCUGAUAGCUACAUACAGGCGACGCUUAAUUCUCUUUCGCCAAAGAUCCUCAAGGAGUUGAUCGAAUUCCUAGCUAUAAGCGACAUUACAUUUUCACAGACAGAUUUCUUGAAUUUCUACUACAAAGGAAUGAGUAAAUUUGAAGAAGCACGCUUCACUCGGUUGAAGGACAUGUGCACAACCUCCGCAGAAUAUCGUGUUAGGCUUCAGCAUCAGCAGCGGCCGUGGCAGUGCUUUUUGUGCCGAACGUGGAACAGUCGUUACAGCACGAUGUGCAAACUCUGCAAGUCACUAGACACAGCUGUGGUGCAAUGUGCGCGUUGUGGUGGCUUCGCUUCCACAAGGGACACUGCAUGUAACGUUUGUGAAGCCGAUUUUGGAGUGGAUUCUGUCAUAAUGACCAGUAAGGAGACAGCAGAUUCUGAGAGUAGCAAUGGUCCCUUCGCAAUGAUAGGGGAUGGGCGGUCGUCUGAUGUCUUUCUACAUUCCAACGCUUUUAAAGCAGUUUUUCCACUACGCACGUGGACCUGCCAGGACUGCAAUUACACAAAUGACGCGAAGCACAUAUUUUAUUGUGCCUUCUGCAACAGCCAAAACUCAGCACUUCAGAAGACAUUGACAGAGACAUCCUACAUGUGUCCUACCUGCGGACGUAUUAAUCCGCAGGGGCUACUGCGUCCAUGGUGUAGUACUUGCGGAACUCUUUCCCCUGUAAUACCAAAUGAUAAGAAAAAAGCGUUUUGGUACUGUCUUGCAUGUCAUCAUCUCAACCCAUGGUUGCUUGUGCACUGUGAACGUUGCACAGAAGGUCGUCCGGUGCCGGCAUUGGUGCCGGAUUGUGCGAUGCAUUUAUCUUCUUUGUCAACAAACGGUGAUAACACGAGUCUUACAUUAGCGCCUUCACCCUUCAUCAUGGUGCCUUGGGACACUGUGCGGUGCCAUUCAUGUCGGGUGAUAAAUCCGUUAGUGGCUAAAUUUUGCCACGGUUGUGGUUCCGCGCUUACUUUUCCCUCUGAGGUACGCAAAACCAUUCAUUCUGGUUUCAUGGGGUGGAUGCGCGGGGUAUUUGUUCUUGAUCCUAACCAUAGGUCAUGUGACAAGGAUGAAUGCCAACUUCCUGUAGAAAGGAAAACCAGGGCACCCACUGCAGCUGACCAAAUAACAUGCAGCUACUGUGGAUGUAGUCAUACAAUUCCGAUGUGUACUGCUUUUUAUAAUCAGUUUGUAUGUAAACAUUGUCACGCUUGCUUGCCUGGAUUCACUGCAAAAUUAUGGGUGUGCCUUCAAUCAAAGUGCUUCCAUGUUAAUGUGGAGUGGGAUGCUAACACUUUAGCUCUUUCCAAGGGGCUUGACAGAGACACCAUGGGCGAUGAGAGUCUGAAAUCAAAGACUAAGGAAUCUAAGUUUUAUGUUUGUUCUGCAUGUCAUAUUUCGCAUGACUCAGUAAAUAUGUUCCAAAUAUGUCUUCAAAGUUCAGCAAUAGUGCCACACCUACACCCACACCCACACUCAUCGCUAUCACCAGCAUCUUCUUUUAUUCCUAAGGGCGAGAGUGAUGUCUCUAAUCCCCUGGGUUAUUGCUGUGAGCUCAGCAGAAUGAGGACUGUAACGGCGUUGUGUUUUCCACCAGUUUCUGGACCUACUAAGCAUUGUAGUCGUUGUGGAACAUAUCUGGAAUAUACCAAUCUUGCGUGUGUGUGUCAUCAGUGUGGGUUGUGUCAGUCUAACUUCGUGCACGAAGCUAACCAGAGAGAAAGGGGGCGACACGAUGGGGAUUUGUUGUCUAAUAUCUCUCCUACUCGAACUAUUUUAUCCGGAUGGCUGAUUUUGUUUAAAUUGUCGAAAGCCGUGAAGUCAAUUCUGUGUUACCUAGACAGUGAUGAAAAAACAGAAAGCGGGGGCUCGGAUAAGCAGAAAUCGGAUCAACUAAACAAAGAGUAUUUUUCAAGAGAUGACCCCACGUGGAUUCUUGGAUUUUUCAACUCCGCUGUAAGCGUACUGCGAUCUACACAAGAGGAUCUAUUGCCCUGGCGCAGUUGUGACUUACAGAAUCGCAUGCAUUGUGGUGUAGAGCCGCGCGUGGUGGUGCUAGAUGAUGAGAUGGAAAGUGUACACACCGCAAUUCUUCUUGUACGGUACAUAAUUAGCGAUCUUUGUUUGGUGGCCAAAUCUUUUAGUAGGAAUAAAGGCAUGGAGCCUUCUGUAAUCUUAGGAUUUUUGGAGUCUGAUACGGUGUGGGAAAAACAACGACAGUGGCUGCUUGUUGCUGGUGAUUUGGUAGAUAUCGUUAAUACUACUACCGACUUUGAUGAAAUUGGAUUUUCUGUACUUGCAAAGUUAUGCCAGUUGAUACGUCCACAUGAGUUAGAACAUAUUCAGUCUGAAACACGAUGGACAUAUCUACACGCAAUGAAGCUAACUCGUGAAGCUAUGAUUCAUGAAGUGGUCUGCAUGCGAUGUUUUGGGCGACAUAAGAAGGAUGAACAGUGUUGUUGUUAG